AACUGCCAUCUUUAUCUUAGAAUAUUCACUUUUCUUUAUCAUUUUCGUUCUUUCUGUUUGUAGAUUUUUCACUUUUAUGGCAAAUAAGUAGCAUUUAAAUCAUUAAAAUGUGCAUGAACGUUUAGAAAAUACCAGGUGGUGUAAAAAAAUAAAAAACCCAAACAGAAAAAGUCGUGAAUUAAACAAAUUGCAAAAACCAAACUAAGCAGUUGCCAAGAAGCUGAAUUUUACCCCCCCGUCCGGUGUUCGAUUAUAAGGAAAUGUCUUCCGAGUUGAAAAAACUUUCAGAGGAAUCCCUUCUGCAACCGCCAGAGAAGGUUUUCGACAUUAUGUGCAAACUUGGUGAAGGUAGCUAUGGGUCCGUUUACAAAGCAUUGCAUAAAGAGAGUAGCUCAAUAGUGGCUAUCAAAUUGGUGCCUGUAGCGUCCGAUCUCCAUGAGAUUAUUAAGGAGAUCUCCAUAAUGCAGCAAUGCGAUUCGCCGUAUGUGGUGCGCUACUAUGGUUCCUAUUUUAAGCAAUAUGAUCUGUGGAUAUGUAUGGAGUAUUGUGGUGCUGGAAGUGUUUCCGAUAUUAUGCGCCUACGUAAGAAAACGCUAACCGAAGAUGAAAUAGCAACGAUACUCUCCGAUACAUUACAGGGUUUAGUGUAUUUGCAUCUGCGUCGUAAAAUACAUCGGGAUAUAAAGGCUGGAAAUAUAUUGCUCAACACAGAGGGCUAUGCCAAACUGGCGGACUUCGGAGUAGCAGGCCAACUCACAGAUACGAUGGCUAAACGAAACACAGUGAUUGGCACACCAUUUUGGAUGGCUCCCGAAGUAAUCGAAGAAAUUGGUUAUGACUGUGUCGCCGACAUUUGGUCAUUGGGCAUAACAGCUUUAGAAAUGGCAGAAGGUAAACCACCAUACGGUGACAUACAUCCGAUGCGUGCCAUUUUCAUGAUCCCACAAAAACCACCACCGUCUUUUCGCGAACCCGACCGUUGGAGUGCUGAGUUUAUUGAUUUCGUUAGUUUGUGCCUAGUAAAAAAUCCCGAUGAGCGUGCUACUGCUUCUGAUCUGCUCAACCAUGAAUUUAUACGCAACGCAAAGCCGCGUAGUAUACUCAAACAAAUGAUUGAAGAAACUUGUGCAAUACGUGAGCAACAACGAGCAAGUAGAACCGGUGGCAUGAGCCAGGCUAAAAAUUUGCCAACACAGCAAGAGGAGUUGCUGCACGAAGAGGAACACGAAUUUCAAGCGGAGACUGUUAAAACAUUUAUUGAUGAUCCGGGCACUUUAGUGCCGGAAAAAUUUGGCGAAUAUCAACAGGCGUCUGGCAGUGAUGCCACUAUGAUAGCACAUACAGAAGACAGUGGCACACUGGGACCUGGUAAUCGAGCAAUGGGUGUAGCAAGUGGCGCAGACAAUGCAGGCGGCAGAGCCGAUGUGAGUGCCGCCGCAGAUUCUGGCACACUCAUAGAAUUGGAAUCGAAUUUGGGUACAAUGGUCAUCAAGACAGAUUCGGAUGACUCGACCACAAACAACAAGCGCAGCGAAUUUAACAAACCACGCUAUCGCCCCAAAUUUCUCGAUCACUUCGAACGCAAAACGCCUGGUGAUGCGGGUGUGCCAACACGAUCUGGUGACGAUUUGGAAAAAUCUACAAAUUUUGGUGCUAAUACCGAACAGUAUCAAUCAAAUACACCACAACAACAGCAACAGCAGCAACAACAACAACUAAUGCAGUCACAACAGAAUCAUACCAAUUCGAAUGACACGAACUGGGAGAACAAUAUGGAAAUGCAAUUUCAGCAAAUCUCUGCUAUCAACCAGUAUGGCCUUCAACAGCAUCAGCAUCAUUUGCAACAGCAGCAACAACAACAGCAACAGGCUGCCGCUGCAGCAGCUGCAUAUUAUGGUCAUCCGCUAGUUAGUGAUCAUCACUUGUUGGCAAUAAAUAAUCAACAAAAUCUAUUGCGUAAUCAACAACAGCAACAACAACAACAACCACAACCACCUGCCUAUCAGCAACAUCACCUGCACACACAAUCGCACAGCUAUGUGGAUGGUGAAUUUGAAUUCUUGAAAUUCCUCACAUUCGACGAUCUUAACCAGCGUUUGAAUAACAUUGACUCUGAAAUGGAGAAGGAGAUCGAAGAGUUGAACAAGAAAUACAAUGCCAAACGUCAGCCAAUUGUCGACGCUAUGAAUGCAAAACGAAAGCGCCAACAAAAUAUUAACAAUAAUCUCAUUAAAAUUUAAAUACACAACACAAGUGGUAUGUUACACAGAGAUAGAGAGAGAGCGAAAGAACAAAAAUUGUUACACAAAUGUGGUAACAACAACAACAACAACUGCACAUGCGAUUAUGUAAACCAAUAAUAUUAACAAUUAGAUUGAUUCUCUGCUGUUUGUGUUUAAGGUGCAACAAAUUGACAAUUUGUUUAUCGAAUUGAUUUAUGAAUGUUUAUUUGUAAUUUAGUUUAGCAAUAGAUUCAUUUUUUGAAUUUUUAAAUUGUAAUAAAACUCGAAUUGCUAUUAGUAUAAUAAUAAUAAUAGAAGCAACGCAA